UCAUUCCACGCCGGGCAGCGCGCACAGCCGGGCGAUGUGGGGAAGCAUCCGCCGGCCCGCCUCGGCUCCCGUCGCCCUCUUAAAUAGCGGCGGCUCGAGGGAGAGGCGAAGGAAGCGCCGGCACGCCGAGCAGCCCCAUAAAGGCACAGUCAGAAAGAAAAUGAAGCUUUUUUCAGAGUCUCACAAAACUGUGUUUGUGGUGGAUCACUGCCCUUAUAUGGCAGAAUCUUGCAAACAGCAUGUUGAAUUUGAUAUGUUAAUCAAGAAUCGGACACAAGGAAUCAUACCUCUUGCACCUAUAUCAAGAUCACUAUGGACCUGUUCAGUGGAGUCAUCCAUGGAAUACUGUAGAAUAAUGUAUGAUAUAUUUCCUUUUAAAAAACUAGUGAACUUCAUUGUAAGCGAUUCGGUACCUCAAGUUUUAAACUCUUGGAACCAAGAAGAUCAAAAUUUGCAGGAGUUAAUGGCUGCUUUAGCAGCGGUUGGACCUCCCAAUCCUCGGGCAGACCCUGAAUGCUGCAGUAUACUUCAUGGCUUAGGUGCGGCGGUACAAGCUCUCUGCAAAAUCACUGAAUACCAACAUGAGGCUAGAACUAUGCUAACGGAGAAUGCCGACCGUGUUGGAAACAGAGGACGAAUAAUCUGUAUUACUAAUGCAAAGAGUGAUAGCCAUGUACGAAUGCUUGAGGAGUGUGUCCAGGAAACAAUACAUGAGCAUAACAAGCUAGCAGCUAACUCGGAUCACCUUAUGCAGAUCCAGAAAUGUGAGCUGGUCUUAAUCCACACUUUUCCUGUUGGUGAAGACAAUCUUGUUUCAGAAUGUCUUAGAAAAGAGCUCUCUCCUGUCUUAACCAGCGAAGUACACAGUGUUCGAGCUGGACGGCACCUGGCCACUAGACUGAAUCUUUUAGUACAGCAACAUUUUGAUCUGGCUUCAACCACCAUUACUAACAUCCCUAUGAAGGAAGAACAGCAUGCCAAUACAUCUGCCAAUUAUGAUGUGGAACUGCUUCAUCACAAGGAAGCACAUGUAGACUUCUUAAAAAGCGGUGACAACCAUGUGGGUAGCAGUAGCAAAGAGGGCGCAAAUAAGGAGACCGUAACUUUGAAAUGGUGCACCCCAAGAACAAACAGUGUUGAGCUGCAUUAUUGUACUGGUGCGUACAGGAUAUCUCCUGUAGAUGUAAAUAGCCGACCUUCCUCCUGCCUUACUAACUUUCUUCUUAAUGGUCGCUCUGUGCUUUUGGAACAACCACGGAAGUCUGGCUCUAAAGUAAUUAGUCAUAUGCUUAGUAGCCAUGGAGGAGAGAUUUUUCUGCAUGUGUUAAGCAGUUCUAGAUCCACUCUGGAAGAUCCUCCUUCAAUUAGUGAAGGUUGCGGUGGCAGAGUCACAGACUACAGGAUUACUGAUUUUGGUGAAUUUAUGAGGGAAAACAGACUAACUCCUUUUCUAGAGCCCAGAUAUAAGAGUGAUGGAAGUCUUGAGAUUCCUUUGGAAAGAGCAAAAGAUCAGCUCGAGAAACAUACUCGCUACUGGCCCAUGAUUAUUUCUCAGACGACCAUAUUCAACAUGCAAGCUGUGGUGCCAUUAGCCAGUGUUAUUGUAAAAGAAGCACUGACCGAUGAAGAUGUACUGAAUUGUCAGAAAACAAUUUACAAUUUAGUAGACAUGGAAAGGAAAAAUGAUCCACUGCCAAUAUCAACAGUGGGGACAAGAGGAAAGGGUCCUAAAAGAGAUGAACAGUACAGGAUUAUGUGGAAUGAAUUGGAAACCCUCGUUAGAGCUCAUAUAGUCAACUCUGAUAAACACCAGCGAGUCUUGGAGUGUCUUCUAGCUUGCCGUAGCAAGCCUCCAGAAGAAGAGGAACGCAAGAAACGAGGAAGGAAGAGGGAGGAGAAAGAAGAUAAGUCUCAGAAAUCAGGAAAAGACUAUGAACCAGAAAAAUCCUGGCAGGAAUCAGAAAGGCUAAAAGGUUUAUUGGAUCGUGAAAAAGAGGAAUUGGGAGAAGCAGAAGUAAUAAAAGAUUCGCCCGAUUCUCCUGAACCACCAAACAAAAAGCCUCUUAUUACAAUGGAUGAAAUGCCUCCUAUUGAAAAAAACAAAGGGCCAACAUCUCUACUGUCGUUAUGGAGCAACAGAAUUAACACUGCAAAUUCUAGGAAGCAUCAGGAAUUUACUGGUCGCUUGAACUCUGUAAACAACCGAGCUGAAUUGUAUCAACAUCUUAAAGAGGAGAAUGGAAUGGAAACAACAGAAAAUGGAAAAGCCAGCCGGCAAUGA